AUCAAAAGUUCGAAAAGUAUGGCGGCGGWGUGUUUGACAACACUAACAGAGCAAUGGAUUCGCGACAGAUUACAGUUAAAACACCCGUGUCUCGGCAGUGUUCGGACGCUGAGCCUUCCGGGGACAUGUGAGGAGAAGAUAAGACAUCUCGGAAACGCCUUGAAUGAUUUCGUCCGUCUGAAAUCUCUGGAUCUGUCCUACAAUGCUCUCGUAUCUGUGGAGGGCGUGCAACCUUUGAAGAUGCUGGAGAGGCUGAUCCUCUACUAUAACUGCGUGCCUUCACUAGAAGAGGUCACAGCGCUGUUCGAGCUCCCGGUUCUACGAGAGCUGGACCUCAGGCUCAACCCUCUGGCCAAAAGCUGCCCACACUACCGCUCUUCUCUGGUGCACGCCAUGCCCAGCCUGAGAAAACUUGAUAACUGCUCGGUCGGAGCCGCAGAGCGCAAAGCUGCAGCUCUGCAGCUCUCUGAGGUUCCUGCUCUGCUGCACGGCUCCUCUCUGAGUCUGGAUGCAGGUCUGAGCGGCGAUAUCAUGUUAAACCUCGUUGAGACGAAGCACAGAGACCGAAACGAAAACUCCGACUUGUUUCACAAGAAACCAAAGKAACCUAAAAAGACAGGUGCAAAAGAUUUCACCGAGCAGAGGAGUUCAACUCCAAAACAGGAAUCAGCCAAAUCCAUCCUGAGGCACCCCUCCUCUAAAAACUAUCAGACUGAGUUAGAGUGGCCACUGAUGAAUGAACUACCUCACAAUAAAAGCUCGACUUUGCCUAAAAUGUCCGAAAGACCAAAAGUGUCAUUUGGGCCUGUGUUUGAGAAAUACAGAACCGUGCCUGGAAAGCAAAAAGACGCCUUCAUACAAACCAGACACAAGGCCAAGGGUUAUUUUACCCCAAAUCCUGAUCAAAGUCAUYGUCACGUUUCUUCUUUCGUUAACAUUCGGCCUCCCAGUCCACUUCAUCGUGGUUUGAAUCUCUCGGACCCCUCUAAUCCCAUCUUACAUCCYGCGAGGCUGAGCUUUAAGAAGACGGACGGGGGGACCAACCUGCAGCCUGCCGACAAGAAAAAAAAGGGCGGUUAUCGGAAACCCCUGGAGAUGCUCCUCAAUCUGGUGGACAAACACUGGAGGGGGGAGAGGUCGCUGCAUCAAAACAACAGCUUCCUGUCUCAGGCGGUCCAGAUCCUCUCCAUGAUGGAGAGCGACAUUUCCAGCCGCGAGGCCGAGGUCAGGACCUUGAGGCGGAACGUCGAAGCGCUCAGCUUUCAAGUGGCCGCACGAGAGGAGGAGCACAAAAACCAAGUCCGAAAGCUCUCUGCUCAGCUGGAGGAAGCUCGGAGAGAGGCGGGCAAACUCAACGAGCAGCUCCGGAUCGUCUUGGAGGAAAACGUCGCUCUGCAAAAGCAGCUUAUUAAGCUGGAACGCCAGUAUCUCAAGUCCAUGACGAAAAGCUCCCCCAUGACUCAGAUCCGAGCCCGUGCCCGUUCUCAYCACCGACUCCACYGUGUGUGUUUGACAGAGGCUCAGAYGGAGGUGGAGGAGCUGAGAAAGGAGAUYGAGUGUCUGAAGAUGAGGGUGCAGGAGGACGAGAAGCUCCAGGAACUGUCCAGCAUGCUUCAGGAAAGCCACAGGUCCCUGGUGGCCACGAACGAGUGCUUGCUCGCUGAGCUUAGGGGAAGUGGAGAACAUUAAAGCCAGCAUUCGAAGGAAGUUGUGCAAACCGGGAUAAAAAGCACGAGGUCAGCCGAGCAUCCGUGGGCUUUGUGGCAGAGGGGCGAAUGCAUCAAGGCUGCAGCUGCACGGUGACUUUAUUUAUGCCUCUGCCUCGGGGCUGGAGUGCUGCUCUGACACACACACGCACGCACGCACACACACUUUUCCUCUUGCAAAACCUUUAACACACACCUCGGCUGACCAGCUUUGAAUUAUAUGGUGCACGGGAUGAAUGUAGCUUUUGCUUUUAGUUGAAUUUCACAGGUCAGUAGAAAACAGACAUAAACACGUGACAGAGGUUCUAGUGUUUUUUUAUUUAUUUUUUUUUUUAGUUUUUAUUUUUCAAUAACGCACUAAAAAUCAAGAAUGCAAUGUAAGAAAUAUAAAGAAAAAAACACUGCAUGCACUUUGGAACACAAUAGAGCUUUAAAGUUAUUUGAAAGGAAUUAAAAAAUGUUCUUCCACAUUAAAAGGUGCACAGUAUUUGGCAUUAAGCACAAAAACUAAUAAUAAAAAUACUCAAAAGCUACUGCAGCGGAGGAAACCCAACACAGAUGCAUGAUUCUUCAUCAGCUCAGGCUACAGGUAAUACUGUCUGCUUGGAAAAAAUAGUUUUUACAAAACGAAAAAAAAAAAGUAUGUUUGCAGUUUUCCCUUUAUCCGUUACAGUAUUGAAGUAAAAGUUAAAACCCCUGCUUUUCUUUUGUUUCAGUUAAAUCUGUGCCUUAGAUGACAGCACCACACAUACAAAAGGUACAGACAAAUAGAAUAGCAUUAGAGGGUUGCUUUACACAAACAGUUUGAUACAAGCAAGAUCCCACAGUUUCAAUACUUAUUUUUUUGUUUUUGUUUUUUUAGCAAGGAAAUAUGUAAAUCUGACUAGUAGUCUGGAGUCACAGCAGGCACAGCAGUUUUCAGAAAGAGACAAACUCUGUCAUCUAUAUAUAUGCUUCUGAAUCAGAUGCAAAAUACAGAACAUGCACAAGUACAGCAACACAGAAAAAACAUAAAAUCAGUGUCUUUAAAUUAGAUCACGUGGCAGAAAGCCUUUUUAAUAUAUCUACAUGAUCGUAGCACAAAUAUAUUAGAAAUACUGUGUAAAUCUGAAGUAAAACGGUAAAAAUACAAUCUUGUACAACUGUGCUCAUAAAGUAGAGUAGAAGUUCUGCUUUUUUUGUCGAAAUCACGAAUUUAAUGACUCAAAAUGCUUGUUGGUUUGGUUUGUGUGAAAUUAAGACAAUAAUUGUUUAGAAGCUACAGGCAGAUCCAUUAAAGUUUGCAUGAAAGGAA